UGAUGGGGUCAGGUCAGUCUCGGUGCAUGUUAACUCUAUGCACGUUCUCUACCACUUCACUAUCUCUCUAUUAAAGCCCUCAACCAGUGAGCACUUACUGAGUGAGCGAGUCUGAGUCUGAGUCAAAAGUCCGAGUCCAAGCGUGUGUGUGACCCGUAAUAAUGGACGUCUACGGCUUAUCAUCACCAGACUUGCUUCCUAUCGAUGACCUUCUAGACUUCUCCAAAGACGAAAUCUUCUCCUCUUCUUCCUCCACCAUCGUUUCAUCCGCUACUUCUUCCGCCGCAUCUUCUUCGGAAAACCCUUUUAACUUCCCCUCGACCGCCUCCACUUCCUUCCACACUUCUCCUCCUCUCACCGAUUUCCCCCACGAUCUCUGUGUUCCCAGUGACGACGCAGCUCAUCUAGAAUGGCUGUCACGAUUCGUGGACGACUCUUUCUCAGAUUACCCAGCGAACCCAUUUACCAUGACCGUUAGGCCUGAGAUGUCAUUCACUGGAAAACCGAGAAGCCGUCGAUCAAGAGCCCUAGUACCCUCCGUAGCCGGAACAUGGGCACCGACGCCAGAAGCCGAGCUUUGUCGCUCCGUCGCGAAACGUAAGCCCACCAAGAAACUCGAAGCCGCGGAGGGAGGUGGAGCGAGGAGGUGCACGCACUGCGCGUCGGAGAAAACGCCUCAAUGGAGGACGGGACCGCUCGGGCCUAAAACGCUUUGCAACGCUUGUGGAGUUCGUUUCAAGUCAGGGAGGCUUGUGCCGGAGUACAGACCUGCGUCGAGUCCGACGUUUGUGUCGACUCAGCAUUCGAACUCUCACCGUAAAGUUAUGGAGCUCAGGCGACAGAAGGAACAACUUGAAUCGGCCGUCCAUCUUCUGCCGUUUCAGCCGCAGUGAUUAGCGUUUGGGUUUUUUUUUUGGAGUUAACGAGUUUGGUAAGGAGUCGUAAUCGUAACGGCGAAGGUCUCGUGACCCAGGGUUAGCUAAAUAUCAAUGGUAUAUUGGUAUUAGUUUAAAUCAAACUCUGCUAAUCACGUCAUUAAUUUGUUAGUAGCAUUCAUUUUAAUAUAUUUUUUCUUUGUUAAUUGGUUUCCAUUACUCGUUAAGUUAUGUCAUUAAAUGAUUUCUUGGCUGCAUUUAAUUUUCUCCCUUUCAGUUAUAAAAAAGUCUCUCAACUA